AUGACCACGGUGGCAAGUCUGUUAUCUGAGAAUCCAGUUGUGAUAUUCAGCAAAACGACAUGUUGUAUAAGCCACUCGAUCGUAGAACUCAUAAGAAAAUUCGGGGCUAACCCUAUGAUAUAUGAGCUUGAUGAGCUUCCUAGUGGGAGUAGAAUAGAGAGAGAGUUAAUAGAGUUUGGAUGCAACCCUAGUGUGCCUGCUGUGUUCAUAGGGAAGAAGCUCAUUGGUGGUGCUAAUGAGCUGAUCAGCCUUAAUUUGCAAAGCAAGCUUAGACCACUACUCAUCAAUGCUAAUGCUAUAUGGAUGUAG